AUGGAUAUACUAGAUGUUAUGCAGCAACCUCUCAUCGACAAUUCCAUCGUCGACUUGGAGUAUCACAAUUACCAACCUUUCGUGACCUCUAAAUUGGGCUACAAUGAUGAAGUAAGGAUAUCACUUCAGGAAUUGGACAUCUAUACUUUACCUUGUGAAAGUAUGCUAUACUUGGAAGGAAAUUUGACUACAGAGGAUGGAAAAUCGGUUACCAAAUUAAAACUUAUAAAUAACGCUUUCAGUUUCCUCUUCAGGGAAAUUCGAUAUGAAAUGAAUGGAGUAAUCAUCGAUUCCGUUAGAAACGUAGGACUAACGUCAACGUUGAAGGGGUAUCUAUCGUACAAUGAAAGCGAGAGCGUUAAACUUCAGAAUUCUGGAUGGUUUCCCAAACAAAGCACACUCGAAGGCGACAAGUUUAAUGUAUGCAUUCCUCUUAAAAUGCUACUGGGCUUUUUCGAAGACUAUAGAAAAAUUAUACUAAAUAUGAAGCAGGAACUGGUUCUGAUUCGAAGUAGCAAUGAUCUAGAUGCAGUAACGGCUAUCGAUGAGACUGAAAAACCUAAAAUUAACAUUGAAAAAAUCUAUUGGAGAGUACCUCACGUUUCCGUAGGAAUCCCCCAACAACUGGCCCUGACUAAAAUUUUAGAUAAAAAUGUGGAGAUAUUGGUUCCAUUUAGAAGUUGGGAACUUGUAGAGUACCCUUCCCUUUCACAAACUACAAGACACACUUGGCCCGUGAAAACCACCACCAAGUUGGAGACGCCUCGUCAUAUUGUUGUCGCCUUUCAGACAGAUAAGAAAAAUAAGGUCACCUCAAAUAUGAGCAAAUUUGAGGACUGUGGUCUUACAAAUAUAAGAGUAUUUUUAAAUUCGGAAAGAUAUCCAUAUCACGACCUAUUCCUUGACUUUAAUAACAACAAAUUCGCCACAUUAUACGAAAUGUUUGCCAGCUUCCGAAAAUCGUUUUAUGAAUUAGAAAACGAGCCCAUAUUUACUCCAAAAGAGUUUAAAUCCAUUGCUCCAGUAACUCAUAUUGAUUGCUCCCAUCAAAAAGAAACCAUUCAAUCAGGAGCUGUCAUUUUACGAAUAGAAUGGGAAACGUCAAGUAAUGUUCCAAGUGACACCACAGCAUAUUGUUUAAUUUUACAUGAUCGUUUGUUCCGAUAUGACCCCUUAACGAAAAUUGUCAGACAGGUCUAA